GGCGCUGUUGCCAAGGGAGACGGUUGUCAAUGAUUAGAAGAGUUAAAGUACUUUUUGUUGUUACUGCUCCUUCAAAGAUCUCGGGUCGGUACAACUCAGUGUUCUUCACAGUUUUUCAGGUCAUACUGCAGCAUCUAAUCCAACAAGGUACCCAGUAAAUUUUUCAAAUCAUCAGUGACUGCAGAAUGGAGGUUGUAGAAGAAGGUGUUGAGCCAACAGAGGAGGAAGAAGGGGAAGAGGAGGACAUUUUUUCGGGUUCAGGUGUAGAGGACUUGGAAGAGAGACUUGCAGAAAUAUAUGUCAAUGUGCCAGCUAUGCAGAUAGAAACGGAUGAUCCACUGAUGAAAAUAUCUGAGUUUCCACUUUCAUACAGAGAAAAUUCUCAUAAGGAGAAGCUCUUGCUGGCUUUUGCAGAAAAUUUCCGAAAACAAUAUGCUCAUCUCUACAGGGAUCGGAAGGUGCUCUUCCUUACUCCAUUAAAUGAGUGUUCAGUGGAGAAGUUUGUGAGCACAACAAUCCACCCAAGUUUGUUAUCCCACUCAGAAUUGUACAGUUGGGAUGCAUGUUCACAGUUUGUGUCCGACUUCCUUACAAUGCAGCCCUUGGAUCCACCCAUCAAUCCGCCACAAUAUCUCUUUUCCCCCAUUACUGUCCUCAAACAGCAGCAGGGAAACUGCUUUGACUACAGUGUGCUGCUCUGCUCAUUGCUGAUUGGUGCUGGCUAUGAUGCUUACUGCGUCAGUGGUUAUGCCAUUAAGGAGAUUUGUCUGAUGGAUGAAAGCAGGGAAAUAUGUCCUCUGCUUAUGGCAAAGGAAGAGAAAGAAACUGAGGAAAAGAAGGUAACAACUAAAAAAUAUGCAGUGAAGCCACCACGAGACCUUCAGAGCAAAUUCGAGCAACAACAAGAAGCUAAAAGAUUAGCUGAAAUGAAGGCAGCAGAAGAGAAAAAGCAGCUGGAAGAAGAGAAAAGGAUAGCUGAGUUGGAGAAGCCAGAACAUGACCCACUUUAUGGCCUGAGAGUACACUGCUGGGUUUUGGUUCUAGCAGGAAAGCGAGAAGUAGCUGAACAUUUUUUCAUUGACCCAUUUACAGGACAGAGUUACAGAACAACAGAUGAGAUGUUUCUUGGCAUUGAGAGUAUCUGGAACCAUGAGAAUUACUGGAUCAACAUGCAGGAUUGCAGGAAUGGCUGCAAGGACCUUACAUUUGACCUUGGUGACCCAGUAAAAUGGGAGUUUAUGUUGUUAAGCACUGGAAAGCCCCUUCUAACAAUUCCAGAUAUGGAGGAGGAAGAGCUUCAAGAGGAAGCAGAUGAUGAGUUGGAAGAGAAAGAAGAGGAGAUGAUAUUUGAAAUGCCGCCGUCUUGGGUUCCUAAGCUCGACAUGACACUCAAAGAUUUUGAAACUCGCUAUCCUCAAGGGAAGAAAAUUAUUCAGUAUAAAAAAGCAAAGCUGGAAAAGUUUGCUCCCUAUUUAAUGGAGGAUGGUUUAGUAACAAAACUCAUCACAUAUGAAGACAGUCAAUGCAUCCACGUGACAAAGGUAGAAGAGUGGUUUAAGAACAGGCAAGAUAAGCUCGUGCUGAGGGAACACAAGAAAAAAACUGGACUGAUCGCUGAGUACUUUGCUCCAGGACGUUCCCAUGCUCUCAGAGUGCACACAUACAAAACAAUGAUGCCAGAAACUGAGAGAACAAUGACAUUUUACAGUGAGGCACGAGUGGAUGGACUUCUUAAACGAGAUGAAACAGUCACUGAGAUGACUGAGACCUACAGAGGUCGCUUGGACUUCUUGCAUUACAGGCAUGUUGUCUUUGGAAAGAGACCAAAAAAAGUGAGAAUGUUUGAAGCAGGCGAAACAGUUCACCGGCCAAUAAUGAAAAUCACUGAGUGUUUUCAUAGAAACAGAGAGAAGUUAGCCAGUGAAGAUGUGGCAGAGAGAGUUUUUUUAAUUUCAGAUGAACGAAUCCAAGUAACAUACCACCGAGAAGAUGACCAAAUCACAGCAUCAAAAUGGCAGUUUACCAAACCUUCUAACCAAGAUGACAAGGAUAAUCAAGACAUCAUACUGACUCCUGAUAUGAUUGAUACUUUCCAGGCAGACCCAUGGCAGAAACCCCAAAAGAACUUGUAUGUCUACAACAUGUUUCUUUCCCUGCUAGAGGCAGAAGAACAAUCAAAACAGCAAGUUAGGAAGUCAGAAGCAGAGGUCCGAGAAAUUCUGAAUUGUAGAGCAGAGGAAGAGGCUGCUGUUGAUCUCAUUAUUUCAGUAUAUGACACAGAAAGGAAUGAAAAGGGAAAGAAACAUCGUCAGGAACUGGAAAGGCUGCAAAUGGAGGAGCGUUUACAACGGAUGGAACAGGAACUAGACUACUUGGCACCCUUCCUGAUACAGAUCGGCAACCCCGAAAAACUAACGAAAAUGCAAGCCAUUCAGCUGAAGGAAGAUUGUCUAUCCGACCUGAAGCAAAGGCUCAUUGACAGAGCAAACUUAAUUCAGAGCCGUUUUGAGAAGGAGACACAUGAGUUACAAAAGAAACAGCAGUGGUACCAACAGAACCAAGUUACCAUGAGCAAGGAAGAUGAAGAGUCAUACCUCACCUAUUGUUCAGAUGCCAUGUUUCGCAUCCACAUUCUUGAAAUGAGACUCAACAGGCACAAGGAAACUGCUCCACAGAAAUACCUGGCUUUAGAAGAAAAGCUCCGUAAAGAUCCACGAUUGGCUGAACACCUGCAGGCUUACUGAUGAUUGGCUCAUCUGCAUACCAUACCCUCACUUUUCUCCUGACAUAUAUGUGCAAUAAACUAAGAUAGCUUGUUCUGGUGGCAGUCAGAAGUUUGAAAGAUGUUUCCAGACUAUGUAACUAUUUCUUGUGAUCUGAACAGUGUAAUUCAGCUGCACCAUCUCAGUCAUUUUAUAGUUAUACAUAUGCUUACUUAACAGUUAUAACCUUUCACCUUGGUUAUGUGUUUGGCUGCACAUUUCAGGGGACGGAACUACUGAGCAAAGUCAAACUAUUAUGUCAAUGAGUGUCUGAAGAUGGUUAUGAUAUAAAACAUCUCCUUGCUUAAUCUUCA